AUGGUCUCUCCAUAUAGGAUGGCUAACAAUAAUGGUUCAGUACCUUCAAAUUCUCCAAGGAGACUAAUUUUUUCGUAUAUAUACAGUGAACAACUAAAUAUUACUGCCGACGAUCAAGGUUUCAAUUAUUGUUAUACAAUAAAAGAAAGGAACAAUAUUCUCAAUACCGACGUGGAUAAUGAUUUCAAGGCUUCAAUAGACCAAAAAAAGAGCCAUUGUCGUUUACAGAAAGUCACUUUUACUUUCGUUCCGAGUAGGAAUAGGAAUGAUAAUUACCGUACGGUAAUUUAUAAUGGUAGUGUUAAUGAGGUGCCUACUGAAAAAGCCAAAUUGAAUGCUUUAAAUUAUUGUUAUGAAACUAGGAAUGGGGGAAUUUCCCAACGCACAGCGAAUGUUGAACGUGAUUUUAGAAGAAGUAAUACCCUUUGUAACCAGGAAAGGACGUAUGUUCUAUACAGUAGUUCUGAUACAGCCGUGGAGGGAUUGGUCGGAAUCUUAAAAAUAGAUUACUUCUUUGAAUAUUUUAAUAGAAAUGCCGUGUCAUGA